AAGAGAGAAAGAAAGAGAGCGAGAGAGAGAGAGAGAGAAAGAGAGAAAGAGAAACAAGGAAACAGGAGGGGGGCAGAAAUACGGAGCAAGAACAACAUACGGUGUCUGGUCGUUGUCGCUGUUGCGUCGGCAGCGAGCGGGCGUGCACGCGGCGGAAACACGCGCCUCCGUCAGUUCGUACUUGGCGCUUUCGCGGUGCGCGCGAUCGGUAGCGCCACGACCGGAGCAGCCGCGAUCGGCACGAGCGAGAGGAGGAGGAGGAAUAAGAAGACGGAACGCAGCAUCUCUUUCGCGAGUUCGAGGCGCGUGAUUGCGCAGGCCGCCAGGCGACCGGCUGCGUGGAAGGACCGCGAAGGAUAAAAAGAGACGGCCGGUGUGCGCGAUUCACAUCGUCCUCACCGUUCUCCCUCACUCACUCAUCUCUCUCUCUCUCCCUCUCUUUCUCUCUCUCUCGCUUUCAGUCUGUCCUCCUCCCUGUCAUUCCUCUCCUUUUUCAGCGGUGUCCCUCCGACACCCUCGCUCAACCUACCACUCUACCUCACUCUUUCUCUCUCUCUCUCUCUCCCUCUCGGCCCCUCCUCCCCCCUCGCUUAGCUCGCCGUCCCGUCCCUCUGACGCUCGCUCGCUCUCGCUCCCUCCUCCCUCUAUCCCGUCUACCCUUCUCGCUCUCCCUCACCGUGGCCGUCUCGCUCGCGCCCGCGAUCCGUGUACCUCCGCCUUCCUAUCCGCCGAGCGGAGGACUGGAUUCCGUCGAAAAGAAACGACGAUUCGGAGGAUAGUCGCGACCGAUCAUAGCUGGCGCGUCGAUCGGAUCAACGGAGUGAAUAGCCGUCCGCGACUAACCGCAUCGCGCGUUACCGCGACAAGUGCCACGCAUCGCGCCGCGCGCUCUCUGUGCCCUUCGAUCUUUUUUUUUUAUUUUCGCGCGACACUGGUUACCGCGACUCGCGACACUCCGGUGUGCCGGAGCAGAGCUCGCGCUCCUUCCUCGGGAGGACUCUUGGUCGCGCUGUUCCCUCUUCGGAGUGAGAUCGGAGUGCGCGCGCGAGACGACCGUAUCGCCGAUCGUCGUCCGCGGCACUUUCUUUCGCAACCUGCUUCGCGAGUGCACGACGACUACGAUACACGGUAGUUGCAACAGCAGAACCGCUCCGGGGGACCACUUCUCGGUCGCUUUCGCGCCUCUGCUUGUUUCCGCGUGUGACAGUGCGAGUGCAUAUGCCGGCAGCGGACCGCCACCGAUUUCGACCGGUUCGAGCGCAGCCGGGCGACCAGUCGCUACGACCGGGCGCACGGGAGUGCCGUCGACGCGAGUAGCACCCCCCUCGCCGGGGUGGCUGGACACGCGACAGAGAGGGUCCUCGCGCCUACCGCGUGAGCCUUCGCGCUGGUGAAAAAAAGGAGAAGGAAAGAGGAAAGAGCGAAAGUGUGACGGAUCCGCGGAGUGACUGCGUCGGGAGCGAAGGCGCACUGCGAGAGUGCCGCGGACCUCUGGAACGAUGAUCGCGUAGCGGUGUCCGACCAUCACGGCCCUGAGCGGCCGACACAUCAUGUCACAGUUCUCCUUCCGAGGAUCGCCAAAUCUACAGUGUCCUGUAACAGUGAACUCGUCGUUGGCGCCGUCCUCGGUCUCACCUGCGACCGGUGCGAUCCUGAGCGCGGGCGGCCCGUCCCUGGUCAGCAGCGUAACCGCCAGUACGACGACGAAUCAUCCCCUGGACGUAGCCGGUCUGACGCAAGCGAGGAUGGCGGUGACAAGCGCGAUCGUGAGACCGCCCGGCAGUCCCACUACCUCGGUUAGCCCGUCCCAGGGUCAUCCGCCGCCAUCGGCCGGCGGUCCGACUGCGGCCAGGUGCUGUGAUACCGGUCGGCCGAUCUUCACGGAUCCGCUGACGGGCCAGACCGUCUGCUCCUGCCAGUACGAACUGCUGGGCGGCUAUCAGCGUCUAGGUGGCCUACCCACGGCCGCGCUUUCCAUGUACAGCGCGCCGUACGCGGCCGCCGCGGCCGCGGCGGCGUCCGAGGGUAUGGCCGCGUACUUUCCCAGCUUGAGCGCCGAGCAAGCACCCUUCUACACGCCCACGGCCGCCGGUUUAGAUCUCAAGGAAAAUCUAGGCGCUGGAGCCGCAGCAGCGUGGCCUUAUCCCUCGAUGUAUCACCCUUACGAUGCUGCUUUUGCGAGUUAUCCCUUCAACGGUUAUGGCAUGGAUCUAAAUGGCGCGAGGCGAAAAAAUGCGACACGGGAAACAACGAGCACGCUGAAAGCGUGGUUAAACGAGCACAAGAAGAAUCCGUAUCCCACGAAAGGCGAAAAGAUCAUGCUGGCUAUUAUUACCAAGAUGACACUGACGCAAGUGUCGACGUGGUUCGCAAACGCGCGGAGGCGUUUAAAAAAAGAAAAUAAAAUGACGUGGGAGCCAAGAAACCGUGUCGAAGACGAAGAUAACAAUAACGAGGACGACGAUAGCGGGAGGAAGAGCGUCGACGAGAAAGAUCGGCUAGAUUCGAAAGACUCAGGUACAGGUUCCAGCGAGGACGGGGAACGACCGGCGCACCGUUUGGACCUACUGCACGGUGGCAGUGGCGGAUCGGCGGGCGUUCAAGGUAGGACCGAGAGCGAGUGGAGCGAGUCGCGAGCGGACAGUGGCCCGGACAGCCCGGAAUGCCUGUACGAUCAGAGGGAGCCGAGGCAUCCGCUGCAGCUGCAGCAUCCGGCGUAUCUCACCCCGAAUCACGGCCGGUUGUUGCGUCAUCCCUCGCCGGAGAGCACGUCGCCGGGUAGCCAGCACCAUCAUCUGCCGCCGAGCACCAGCGCGCCGUCCACGGUCAGCGCGGUGACGACGAAGCCGCGGAUCUGGUCGCUGGCGGAUAUGGCGAGCAAGGACGGCGAUCAGCAAAGUACGAAUCCAGCCACGAUGACGGCCCUCACGUCACCUUACAGCGGAACGGGCGGAGGCGGAGGUGGCAUUGGCGGUGGCGGUGGUGGUGGAGGAGGUGGAGGUGGCGGCACCACAGGGGGCAAGCUCGUGAGCCCUUUGGCCAGUCGACUGCCGCCUCAUCAUCCUCUCCAUCCGAUACAUCCGGGCACGCAGUUCGUAAGACCGCAUCCGGACUUCUACAGGAACCUGUACGGCGCGUCCCAUCUCGGCUCCGGUGACAUAUCCCUGCUUGAGACGUACUCGAGGACUCUGGGUGGACUAGGCGGCGUGAUACCGCCAUCCACGGCCCCGAGCAUACUUACGUCUUCGUCCUCAUCGAUCUCCGCCGCCGGUACCGUGAAACCUUUCUCGAUCAACGGCGGUAGCGGCGCGGCUGGCGGCACCACCGCCGGCUCGACCGUUUUACUGACCACCGCGUCCUCCGGUCUGUCGCCGUCGUCGUCGUCGACGGCGUCGUCGGGCGGGUCCGAUCAUUCGCCCCAUCCGGCGAGCGCCGGCCUACCCGCGACUCAGGAACUCAAAUCUCCUGGACGGGUGUGACUCGACGUAGCGACCGAUCGCUAAAGAGACGUUAUUUAUCGCGGGCGCGCGCUGUGUAUCGGCGGGCGUUUUGUGUGGUGUGGCUGACAAUAAUCAGAGACUACAACCUUGUAAUUAGUGUACAGUAAAACGGGAGAUGAUGAGAUAUACUGCCCCCCAACCCGCUCCUCGUUCCUAGUCUUUUCGUUUUUUUUUUUCUUUUUCAAUGUCAUCGUCGAUGUUCCUUUUAUCUCUCGUUGCCUACCCCCUCCCUCUCCGACUUUUCAUCCAAGUUUAUUUUCCGUAAACGCAAUUACUCUCGAUAAAAAAAAAGGGAAAACUUGUUAGUACCGACUACCUAUAGUGGCUCUAUCGCGGUAUAACCGUACAACAACUAGCGCGUCAAGAACAGUACUAUUACACUCGACAGUACUAUUACACACAUAUAAAUAUUAUAAAUAUCUAAAGAUAUACAAUAAUAUAAUUACUAUUAUUUAUGCGUUUGUAAAUAGUAGAAGAAAGGCCCAGUAGAGAAAUCCGGCCAGUGUAUGUAUUGUAUGUAGAGUAGACACUAUAUUACUAGCCUACCUGAGAUCAUAAUUCAUAUUAAUGACGAUUAUUAUUAUUAUGAUUAUUAUGAUUAUUAUUAUGAUUGUUAUUGCAAUGUUUAUAAUAUUAUCGAUUCACGUCGACUCGGUCGAGCAUGACGAGGUAUGGGUCGUUAGUCGCGGCGACAGAUUGCGAGGGAUCGCCGGAGUGUAUAGACAUAAGAGAUUCUUGGAGGUCAGUCCUUGGUUCCUCUUCUUGUAAGUAUCUUCUCUCUUAUUUAUUUUGCUAAAAAUUAUUGGCUUGUGAUAAUUUUUCGCAAGAACGCGGAUAAAGGCUGCCGAAUCGCGAAUCGAUUGUGUGACUUUCCGUCGACUCGCGCAAUUAUAAUGACGUCGCUCGCAAUCUGCUUGCGAACACAACUCCGUCGCGUCCCGUCGUCGUUGCGUAGAAAAGGAACGUUCUAAGUUACACGAAGGUGAAGCCACGGGCACCACAACGGCUGUCAACAUAUCAUGUCAUGUCGAGAGUGAACGAUCGCCAUCACCUUUUAGUCAUUCGUGUCCAAAAUUUCACGCGAACUCGCCGAUGUCACACUGACAUGUGACGUCAACGCGCAGACUGUGUCCUUUCGCAAUAAACGAAUCAUU